AAAGAUAAGAAAGCAAUAAAUAAAAAUUAAAAAAAGGAAGCAAGAAAGAAAGAAAGAAAGAAAGAAAAAUUUGUCGUCCUUCUUUCCCAAGAGACAAGAAGGAGAUCGAUCGAUCAGAAUCAAUCAGGAUGGGAAGAGCUCCUUGCUGUGACAAAGCCAACGUGAAGAAAGGCCCAUGGUCUCCUGAGGAAGAUGAAAGGCUCAAAUCUUACAUAGAGAAGCACGGAACUGGUGGCAACUGGAUCGCUCUCCCUCAAAAGAUAGGCCUCAAGAGAUGUGGGAAGAGCUGCCGCCUUCGAUGGCUUAAUUAUCUCAGACCAAAUAUAAGACAUGGAAGCUUCUCAGAUGAAGAAGACAACAUCAUUUGCAGCCUUUAUAUUGCAAUUGGGAGCAGAUGGUCUAUUAUUGCUGCACAUCUUCCAGGAAGAACUGACAAUGACAUUAAAAAUCACUGGAACACUAAGCUGAAGACGAGGCUGCUCGGAAAACAGCGCAAAAAUCAACAGCACCGUCGUUCUUGUAAUCUAAAGCAAGUCAUUAUUAAAAACAAAGCUGAUAAGCAGUCUGUAAGUGUUACUAAUGAAGCUAACAAGGCAUGGCUCAAUCAACCCAUCACUGCUAUCCCCUUCCACUCUACUGAUCAAAUCUCUGAUGUUAAUCAAAGCCAUACUUCAAUCAGUAAAUCACAGAUGAAAUUUGCUGAUUUGAGGUUUCUAUGCUGUGGUCAUGGACCCCAUCAAGUACAAGUUGCUCCUUCCUUGAAAAUACCACAUGCCAUUUAUGAAACUCCUGUGAACACCAUGGCUUAUUCAAGCCAUGAUAGUAUUUUAAGUAAUGGCUCACCAUUAACGAAUGAGGGUCCAGAAUUUUUUGAGCAAGGAUUUAAUUAUACUGAUAAUAACUCAUUAAUGAAGCUUGAAAGCUUCGAUUUCGUCUAUGGAAUGAGCAGCUUGAUCAAUGAGAGUGUUAAUGUAUCAGAAAGCAUUAUAUGGAGUGAAAUGAACUCUUUUACCUUACCAGUUCUACCUAUUAAUGAAUCAAGCUAUGAAUAGACUGUGGAGUUCACAGAUUGAGGAGCAGUGCUGAAACAAUGCUAGCUAGCUUAUUAUGCGGAUGCAGAGGUGAUGUAAUUAUUAAAUUUGUAUUUUUAUGCCAUGGAAAUAAUUAUUCUAAAUUUCACCUUUGGAAGAGAAAAACCCUAAUUAUGAGCUGAGUAUAU